AUGGGAUCUGGUGCCCAAGAGAAAGGAUUAGCUUUUGAUGGGCAUAGGCACUGUUCAGUGACUCAGUCGUGUCUGACUUUGCGACCCUACGGACUGCAGCGCCAGGCUUCCCUGUCCUUCACCAUCUCCCAGAGCUUGCUCAAACUCACGUCCGUUGAGUCGGUGAUGCCAUCCAAGCACCUCAUUCCCUGUCACACCCUUCUCCUCCUGCCCUCGGUCUUUCUCAGCAUUCUUUGCCAUAAAUGGGGCAUAUUCGUAGUUCAGCUAUUUCCAGGCUGGAAGGCAGAGCCAGUGAUAUAUGUCCUGAGGGAGGCUUGGGUGUGA